CCGACGCAGAGCUACUUCCAGGCGGAACCCGGGCGUGCGGGGCUCCUGCAACCUAAACACCCGGUGUAAAAGGAAGGUGGCCCCGGAGGGGCGGGGCGCAUGCGCGGCAGCUCCCCCUGGGCUGAGAGGCGGAGCGGGGAGGCCAGCUGUGAGCGGAGCGGAGCAGGAUCAGGAUGGACGAGGACGUGCUGACCACCCUGAAGAUCCUCAUCAUCGGCGAGAGUGGCGUGGGCAAGUCCAGCCUGCUCUUGAGGUUCACAGAUGAUACUUUUGAUCCAGAACUUGCAGCAACAAUAGGUGUUGACUUUAAGGUGAAAACAAUUUCAGUGGAUGGAAAUAAGGCCAAACUUGCAAUAUGGGAUACUGCUGGUCAAGAAAGGUUCAGAACAUUAACUCCCAGCUAUUACAGAGGUGCACAGGGUGUUAUAUUAGUUUAUGAUGUCACAAGAAGAGACACCUUUGUUAAACUGGAUAAUUGGUUAAAUGAGUUGGAAACAUACUGCACGAGAAAUGACAUAGUAAACAUGCUAGUUGGAAAUAAAAUUGAUAAGGAAAAUCGUGAAGUUGAUAGAAAUGAAGGCCUGAAGUUUGCACGGAAGCAUUCCAUGUUAUUUAUAGAGGCAAGUGCAAAAACUUGUGAUGGCGUACAGUGUGCUUUUGAGGAACUUGUUGAAAAGAUCAUUCAGACGCCUGGACUGUGGGAAAGUGAGAACCAGAAUAAAGGAGUCAAACUGACACACAGGGAAGAAGGCCAAGGAGGAGGAGCCUGUGGUGGUUAUUGUUCUGUGUUAUAAACUCUGGGAAACUCCAUCUCUUGCAUAUUUGAUCAGAUAACGUCAUCUUUCUGUAUAUAAACUCUUUAACUGCUAUUUUAGGGUCCUUGCAGUUUGCACAUAUUUGUUUUGUAUCAUGGCAGUAAAUAUUUGCGAGAAAUCCCACUUACCGACUUUUCUAGGUAAAACAUUAUGGUAAGCAUGCACAGUUUGCAAUCUGCAGUUUUUAAUGUAACAUAAAAUAGGUGUACCUUUAUAAGUACAUUUGAUUUUAUGAUUUACAUUCAUCAUGUGAUUUUUUAAAAAUCCACUUAUCUAGUAUAUGUUGAUACAAAGUCUUUUUUUUCAUUUAAAUACUCAUCAGUUACUGAAUUAAUUGGUAUGUAGAACUCCUAGGACCACUGGAAGAUAUACAGGUGUCAUCAAACCUGGCAAAUUUCCCUUCAGAAGUAACAAAGAGCAUGAUUCCAUAACUUUUCUAGGACGUUUGCUGACGGAUUCUCUUUUAGUACUAAGCAAAAUUCUCUUUACAGGAUGUAGUCCAGGCCAAUUUAUAAUUAAAUCUCUGUUCUGAUGAUGCUUCUAAAAUAGCAUCGAUAUGUUAAAGAAGUUUGGUCUUACUUUUAAUUUAGUUCAAGAGUAGCUCAGCUGCUUAACUGGAGUUUUAAUUCAUGGGAUUCAUGACCCUUUGUGCAGCAUUUUUGGUUAUGUGGUACUUGACAGGAUGGCAAUAAGGUUUCCCCGCAUUUUGUUUUCAGAAGGACAGGAAUAGUGUGUUUAUGCAACUCAUACCACUUUUAAAAACAACACCUUUUUCCAUAAAUGUUGGUCGUGUUUGUCCAAGUACUUCAAUUGUAGCUUGUGUAAUGUUAAUGAAUAUCUGUAUCUUAUGACUUCCGUAAAUGGCUAGUUGAUACUCAAAAACCUACUUCUGUGUUUUGAGGGUUGGGGGGAAACACACUAAAUUAUAAUUUGAGAAAGGCAUAUUGCUUCCAGAUUUUGAUGUGUGUGGGAAAAUACUCUUGCAAUGAAAAUCUUGGUAAUUUACUGUAACAAGUAGCCAAUAGUUUAUCAAAACCAACUUGUACAGACUAAUAAAUCUUUUCCACAGUA